AUGGACAGCAUUGCCAGCAGGCUGGCAACUGCGUUAGGGCCGGAAAUCCGGGUUCCUUGGCGGUAUGACCACCGGGCCCGGUCUUCCACUGGGCACGUUUGCCAGCCCUGCACGGAGGCCCGCAGCCACCGCCCCAAGCACAGGUGCUAUAUGUAUGGGCAGUGUUCUUUAUACGAUUCAAACCCUAAAGUUUUUAAUUAUUGCUUAUCUCGGUUCCUUAAAUUUAUUUCAACAGUAUCCUGGAUGUCGGGGCGGAAGGAGGAAAUGGGUGUCGGCGUCGUGACCUCAUCACGCAGAGAGGGGGCGACACGCGCCUCUUUCCCACCGCCACGGGAAGAGCGGGCACGGCGCAAGUGUGAGGAUAGGGUUCUCAAGUGCACCCACAACCUCGCGAGACUUGGGCGGUGCCAUUCGUGAGGGCGGGGCCGGGGCCUGGAGGCAGGGUGCGCGUGCCCGGGAGAGGGGCGGAAGUGGAAGAUGGCGUCCGGAGUAGCUCGCUGGCUGGCUUUGGGGACCUUGCGAUCUGGGGCUCUCCAGAGUGGGCCGAACUUGAGGAAGGGUGGCGAUGUUGCGGCCGUCCGGGGCGGCUCAGGUCGGAGCCUGGUAUCGUCGAGGUCAGUCAUCGUUACCCGCAGCGGCGCCAUUUUGCCCAAACCGGUGAAAAUGUCCUUUGGUCUUCUCCGUGUGUUCUCCAUUGUGAUCCCGUUUCUCUAUGUUGGGACGCUCAUUAGCAAGAAUUUUGCUGCUCUACUUGAGGAGCAUGACAUUUUUGUCCCAGAGGAUGAUGACGAUGAUGACUAACAGGACCCCCAGGAAACCAGCCCGCCACAUCAGCUGUACUCCUGUGUCUAUGUGCUGCUCUCACCAAGGUGUCCGAUCACGGAGGCUAGAGGCAACCAAGUCAUCCAGCCUCAUGCCCAGUGUGACAGCGUCUGCACAGACAGCCUCAUCCUGACAUGAGAGGCUCUGAGAAGACAGGAUUUACAGCAAACACCAUCCUUUAAGAAGAGGGAAUGAGCAGGUGGUGUGUACACAUAAACCCCAUUUGUUCAGGCAAAAGUGAGAGACACCACAGAAAACCGGUUUACCAGUGGAAUUCUAUCACACAGCGACCAUCAUAUUGUGAAUUUAUUUGUAUUCUAAAAUAAUUAAAUAACAUGCACCUUU